GUGGAUUUCUUUGAGCAAGAGGUUUUGACCGAGAUGGAGAGGUUUCAGACGGCGCAGUCUCUGCAGAUGGCGCAACCUGUCCAGAUGGCGCCAGUCCCAACGGGGCCUGUCCAGAUGGCGCGUGCGAUGGAUCCUCUUCAGAUGGCGCAACCUGUCCAAAUGACACCUGUCCCAACAGCGCCUGUCCAGCUGGCGCAACCUGUUGCCCCAGCAGUGCCUGUCCAGAUGGCGCAACCAGUCCAGAUGACGCCAGCAGCACCCGUCCAGAUGGAGCCGAUCCCAGAGGCGCCCGUCCAAAUGGCGAUCCCACCAGUGCAGAUGGCAUAG